GGGCUUCCAGAACCCUGGGGACCGACGGGCGCUGCUGGAAAAGACACGCUCCCGCGUCCCACCUUCUGGAUGCAGAUUCAGUGGGAAAAGCCAGGCUCUCCUCCCAGAAACAAGGAAGCCAGCCGUGAGGGCAGCUGCUGUGGAGGUGUCUAAGGAGAUUCAGACGGACUUCCUUCCCUGCUCCUCGGGAAGCGUCAGGAAACCUCAGAAGAGAGGAGCACUGCUCCCUGGUCGGCAAGCAGCUCCCAACCCGGACGGCAUGAAAGAUGCGGCCUGAUGACAUUAACCCGAGGACUGGGCUGGUGGUGGCCCUGGUCAGUGUUUUCCUGGUCUUCGGCUUCAUGUUCACUGUCUCUGGGAUGAAAGGGGAGACUCUGGGAAACAUUCCCCUUCUGGCCAUCGGGCCAGCCAUCUGCCUACCGGGCAUCGCAGCCAUUGCUCUGGCCAGGAAGACUGAGGGAUGCACCAAGUGGCCCGACAAUGAGCUACUCUGGGUGCGCAAACUGCCCUGCUUCCGGAAGCCCAAGGACAAGGAGGUGGUGGAACUGCUGAGGACCCCUUCAGACCUGGAGUCUGGCAAGGGGAGCUCAGAUGAGCUGGCUAAGAAGGCGAGCCUUAGGGGGAAGCCUCCCCCGCAGGGGCAGAGUGAGGUGCCUGCUGCCAGCUCCAUCACCACACCCACACCCACAGAGGAAGGAGAAUGCCAGAGCCUGAUUCCAAGCGGACAUCAGGAGACGUCCAGAUACCUGGACGGCUACUGUCCCUCAGGCAGUUCCCUCGCCUACAGUGCCUUGGACGCCAAGUGCUCAGCCUGGGACAGGUCUGAGUGCCCUGAGCCUGAGGACAGCAUCUUCUUUGUGCCCCAGGACAGUAUCAUCGUUUGCUCCUACAAGCAGAACAGCCCCUAUGACAAAUACUGUUGUUACAUCAAUCAGAGCCAAGGCAGGUGGGACCACGAGACGAUAGUCUAAACUUUGCAUACAAGGGCUGCUGUGUUGAUGGUAACAUGACUACACCCAGCUCCCAGUGGAGGAAACCUGUCCUGCUCCAACAGUCUUCACACUGUUAGAAAUUGACCUGGUAUGUGAUGGGUGUGCAAACCUCUGGUGCUUGAAAGCUGUGUAAAUAGGCAUGUUGGGUUCACAAUGUAGGGAAGGAUGAUGAGGGUCAAGAUCACUGUAAGAGGCAGUGGGUAGGAAAGGGAGCAGGAGUUCCAACUGCUUUUUAACAUUUUAAACAAUGUUAAAUGUUUUGUAAAAUAAUCCCCAAGUGCUACCCAGCACCUGCUGAAAGCAAGGUAAUGCUAGAGUGGACUGCAGAUACUGGAAAUCAAAUGAUACAUGGGCUAUCCAUAGGGAAACUGAGCUGCUUUAAUGUCUGAAGAAGUCGAAAGAGAAGUUAAUUUAAUGUUCCAUCAUAUAAAUUAUUUUUGUCUGAUGAAAAGCUUUUCACACUUGGUAUUUGGUAAGAGAGAAAAGAAGCAAGACAGAAUAAUUACAUUCCUUCUUAGGUGGGAUGACUUUCGGAGAGAGGGAGCGUUAAAGACAGUUGAAUUAUGUAAUUGAGUUUUGUAGGAUUCUCCUCUAACAAGAUUGGGGACUUCAAAUGACAGAAAAUAAAAUGUGACCAGCUAUAUGAAAAAUUAACACUUUUAGAUGGCUAUUUACUUCUUAAACUCUUCAUUUAAAUUGAUACUGGGUCUUUACCUGAAGAGUUUUUUUUUAACAUUUACUAUCAUUAAUGUAUUAUUUCCUCAUAAAGAACAAAAUGACUUGAAAUAUUUUAAAGAACUAGAAUUUGUUUUAAUUAAGUCAAAAUGUAUUUUAAUUACAUACAAGUGUCUGAUAUUUCUGGGAGAUAUGUGUUGGUAAUUAUUAUUCUUACAUGCUUUUUUCAAAUCAAAGUCUAUAAAGUCAGUACAAUAGUCCUGGACUCCAUGCUGAAUUUGCAUGAAAUGCAAUGGUUAAGCCUUUGGAAGCAUCACCAUUUGUCAUUAUUUGUACACUGUUCGACACUCCCACAGACUGUAAAUGCCUCUGAAACAAAAGUUAAUGUACUAGAUUUAACUAAAGCCCAGAUUAUAUUACACUCAUCUAAUUAGUGAACAGUGCAUGACAAAGGUCUGCUUUAUUUCAUAUUUAUUUUUUGCUGCUGAAGAAAAAAAGCAAAGUGGGGAUGUAAAAUGUAUUUCCUAUUUCACUUGCUUAACUAUGAUAGACAAGAAGGGCAAUAAGCCAGAAUACCGUUUGAUCCAUGUUAAAAAGAAAUAUUGAAUUAUAUAUAGAAAUAGUGGUAGAUUGCAUCUUAAAGAUAAGGAUAAUUUUGCAUCUUUCAAUGAAAGAUUAUUUUAAAAGAUCAGAUAGUUUCAACCCUUUCUCUCAAAAGGGGAAUUGAGGGCAAAAAUUUUGAAUAUACUUCUUUUAUAUAUGUCAGGGCCAACUCUGCAAUCCUUUCUUUAGGAAUGCAAGGGUAUUGUUUAAGAAACAUGUCCUUUAAAAGUCACACUUUACAAAUCAAGUUCUAAACAGUGUAAUUUUCCUUAGUAGGGCUUAAAUGUCAAAAAAUGUUAUGUGUGAUCCUGGGAGAAUUUCAGCUUCCUACAUUAUGAAAUUGGGGGAGGGAGUCUCCUUUGCACUGCAUUAUUUCUAUCAUUCAUUCCCAGUUUGAAUAUUCUGUGAUAGUAUGUCAAAGAUGCUUUAAAUAUUGCCAAAAAAUGAGUUAUAGCGAAAUGCAUGCCAAAGUUAUAAAAUUCACAAUAACAAUUAUAGGGCAUGGAUUGAAUUGCUACUACUCAAAAGAAUUUUGCUGCUGAUUUGUUUUAUUACCAAAUAUUAUUUAUUACAAAAUACAUUUCUGGGAAUAACAUCAAGAUGUUAGGAGUAUAAUGGUUUUGAGGAAUAAAUUUUAAAUAUUGGCAUAGCCCAAAGUUAUCUAAUACACAACCUUGCAUUAAAUGUAAUUUAUUUUGGAUUUGGGGCAGGAGGAAGAAUAGUUUCCUGAAAUCACAAUGCCUUUUAAUAUUCUAAUGAAUUUUGAAAGAAGGAAAUUGUAUUUCCGUGAAGAUGAAAAUUAUUGGAUAACUCUUAGGAAUAAAAAUUUUUCUCUUAGAUGAUUGCCAUGUGGAAAUCCUUAGAGGUGACGAGACAGUGAGACAUCAGAGAGAGAUGUUCAGAGGCUCAUCAAAUCUGAUAUAGGAUAGGAAAAGAGAUGCUCAUAGUCUCAGGUAUGAUUUGGGAUUUGGAAAGGUUAGCUUCUGAUUUCUUGAAAGCAAUUCAAAUAACACAUAUAACACAGACACUCACACAUAUGCACAACCUCCAAUUUCCAAAUCCAGGGUCAAGUACUAGUUUAGGGAUAUAAGGUGUUUUAUCACAUUCAGGGCAAAGCAGUUGUUCUUUUGAACAAAGGUAGAAGUGAAGGAAAACAAGGAGAAAAACAUAUCUAAGCCCCUUAGAGGAAAACAGAGCAGCUCAUUCCAAUGAAAACGUUAACAAAUUGUUAAUAUUAACAUAAUAGACAUGAGGAUAUGUUCCCAUUAGUCUUUAAGAGCUUCCAGGCAGAUGUAAAUUUAAGUAGUCAUCAGUUUCCUUUAUUUUGCUAUUAAUCCAAAUAGUAAUUUCAAUUUAAUUUUAAAUAGGUAUUUUAUUUUUGAAAUUUUCUCUAUUGAAUAUCUUUUGCUCUGUAUUCCUACUUAUUAUGCACAUGGAUUCUUUUUCAAACUGUUUCUUGAUUCCAAAGUAUGAAUUCAUCCAAGAUUCCCAAGCUGAAGCAUAUUUAGGCAACUGUUUCAAGAUUUAAUUCCUCCUGCAAUUAUUAUGGCAAACAAAAUCCAGAUAUAGUUAAGUCAGGCUCUCUUCCAAACUCCACUAGCCAGUUACUUUGAAAAUAGUUUCAGUACUAUCAGUCUUAACAUCCAGUGAACUAGCAAAUAAUGGCAAAUGUAGGAAAGGUUUAUUCUUUUAAAUCUUUUUCCCUUUUGUAAGAACCAACCUCUACUUAUUUAUUUAUUAAUAUCUCCUCUCUGCACCCAUAGCAUCAUUUAUUUGGUGAAUUCACAGUUAUUAUUAUUUUAUUACAUUAAAGAAAAUAUUUUUGAAAAUCUACAAUCUCACCAUCUUGACUGAACUAUUUCCAUUUUAGCAUAUUAUCUUCCAGGCUUCUCCACAUGCAUAUGUGGCUUACAUAUUGUGAUCAUGUGUUUUUCUGAUCUCUUUUAAUUUUAUCUUACGUAUGCUUUCAUGUUUUAGGCAGUAUUCCUAAUUGUCAUUAAAGAAUUAUGUAAUAUGCCAUCUUGGUGAUGUGCCGUAAUUUAUCAUGCCAUUCCUUAUUGCAGGCCAGGUAUUGAGUUUUAUG